AUGAGUUACGCUAACGGUUACGGUGACGCCUACGGAGCCGGCCGUGAUUUACCCGCAGACUUAACAACUGUGCCCGACAAAAAAAGUAAAGCUUUAGGAGCCGGAGCCUUCCCUGGACAACUGCCUGGAGCUGGAUAUGGAGCGCUCGGGGCCGGGAUGGAGUCGCUUCAUGGAAAAUAUGGAGGAGCGGGGCAGCUCCCGUACGGGGCUGUACCUGUGAUACAAGCCGGACUCGAAGGUGAAGGGGGAUAUCCGUUCUCUCAGACUCUCGGUCUGGAGGCAGAAGGCGCGAAAUCUGCAAAAAGUUAUG